AUGGAGUAUCUUCCUAGUCUACAACAGGAGUUCGACGAGCACAAGCCGUCGCUCUUCGAACUCCUCGCUGAACAGCAGCUAUCCGAUCUCCUCCCACCAUCUCUACGCUAUCUCCUCGCAGUCGCAACACACCGCCACCCGCGAUACCUUCUCCGGAUCCUCAAUUCCUAUGACGAAGUCUACGCCCUCCUCUCAUUAAUUGUCGAAAGGUACUACCUCCGUACCUUCGGCGGCUCCUUCACGGAGAACUUCUACUCUUUGAAACGUGAGCGCGUUCUCCGCACCAAGAAUGGCGAGAUCCCGCGCGCCCAGGUCGGCGCCGCUGGCCCCGUGCGUGAGGCCCUCAAACUACACUCAACAGACAUAUGGAAGAACCUGUUCGUCAUGGUCGGAAUCCCCUACCUAAAGCGCAAGCUUGACGAAGGGUAUGAUAUCCACGCUGCUCCGCAGGCAUCCCUGGUGAUGGGCGGCGGCCCCCGAUACAACCCCAGCGACGAUCUGCCGGCCAAUCCGUCGCUGCGCCAGCGCAUCUUCCACUUCUACAAGUGGUUCCUACGCAAAGUAUACCCGUCCGUCAACGCUGCGUACUACUUCUCCGUUCUGGCGUUCAAUCUUGCCUACCUCUUCGAUAACACAAAGUACUCCUCGCCAUUCCUAUGGCUGAUCGGUACGCGCAUUCGCCGCCUCGGCGCCGCAGACCACCGCGCCAUCGCCGCAGUGCUAGAUCCCAAGCCUGGCCCUGGUGCCGGCCGCUCUCAGCGACCAGGCGGUGGUCUGCUCGGUCUUCUAAGCCCCCAAAAUCUCCAUACACAAGCCCUGACCUCGCUACGGUACUUCCUCCCCGCAUCGAUCUUCGCUCUGAAGUUCCUAGAAUGGUGGCACGCCAGUGAUUUCUCGCGUCAGCUUGCCCGAAAGGCUACUGAGGUCCUCGACCUCCCCGCUCCCGUGGUUGCUGGCCUCACAUCUCCAGCUGAGCGACGGAAAUCGUCAGACGAGAAAGAGAAGGCUAAAAAGAAUGCUGCUGCUGAUUUAAAGCCAGCGCUUAAGUCUCCCCGUCGCCAUCAGCCUCCUAUCUCUGCUACCUCUUAUCUUCCCAUUUACACCGUGUCUUUGCCUCCGGCUGAUCCCUCGAGUGCGAAUACUUGUCCUGUCUGUAUGGGCCAGCUCGUUAACCCGACUGCAUGCCAGACAGGGUAUGUCUUCUGCUACGUGUGCAUCUUCCACUGGCUGAAUGGCGAGCACCAGCGCCAGCUGGACUUUAUGACUGGUGAGGGUGCUGGUGCGCCGUGGGAAGAGGAGAUUACUGGCGACGACGAAGACACUAAGAAGGGCGCUGGAGGUGUCUCUGAGGGCAAGGGGUCUCGUAAGCGCUCUGGUAAAUGGGAGAGUGGCAAGGGAAGAUGCCCCGUCACAGGACGAAGAGUACUUGGAGGUACUGAGGGCCUGCGGAGAGUGUUGAUUUAA